CUUUUGCCAGGAGAUCCCUCUGCUCCUGGGGAGCCCAUUGGCCGAGCCCCACAAGGUUCCUGCACUGAGGGGGCAUCACCCAGAAGCCUCUAUGAGAAGAUUCCUGCAGGCCCUCCUGCUCCUCUGCUCCCUGGGGGAGGGACACCCCGGCCCGGCCUGCAGCCUCCAAAGCUGGGACAUGGACUCAUUCUCCCAACCCGGGGAUGUUCUUAUUGGGGGGGUGUUUGUCAUCCACUCUGGCUUUGUAUUCCCACGGCCCACUUUCCAGGAGAUGCCCCAGCCGGCUUCAUGCAAGGACUUCCAGACCCGAUAUUACCGGGACUUUCUGGGCCUGAUAUUUGCCAUUGAUGAAGUUAAUCGUUCUCCUGAUCUCCUACCCAACAUCACCUUGGGCUUCAGGCUGUUUGACUCUUGUAUGUUUGAGCUCCGGGCAACUGGGGGCGCUCUAACUGUCAUGUCGGGGAUGAGAAAUCCGGCUCCUGGAUAUGACUGCCAUGAACACUCUCAUGUGGUUGGGAUUGUGGGAGAACUGUUCUCUGCCCUCUCUCUGCCCAUUGCCAGGGUACUAGGCGUCCUACACGUCCCACAGGUACAGCGCUCUCUGAAAUAA